GGGUACAAUUUUGCACCAGACGCUGCAAAUCACACUAUUUUUUGACUCACCCUGUAUAUAAUACAGUAUUUGCCUUAUAUUUAGAACGACAUGUAUGGUUGGCCCUAAGGCCCUCAACUAUAACAAAAGAUAAAAUGGUUAAGGGUGGGAGUCAAUUUAAUCAGUGGAAAGAAGAAAUGCAGUCUCACCCAUACUUCUUCCAUUUUCCUAUACUCAGCAAAAACCUGCGAAAUGCUCAAAAUAUUGCUGAUUUAUCCACCAUCUUUCUCAGGCAUACCAAGCAACUCAACAUGGCGGACGAAGCAAACAGCAUUCGAACCAUUCAUCCAGUCAUAGGAAAUGAGCCAAAGUUCAUACACGUUCCACGUGGCAAGACAGAGAUUGUUUGGGAUGCUUUAGAAAAGUAUCACCCAGAUUGUAAAGAACCUGUAGUGGUUCUUGUUACUGUUCGAAAGGACACCAAUUCAGUUUAUCAACAGAUAAUGCAGAAAAUGGAGAAUGGUGGAAAUCAAAGGACAGUGAUAAAAUAUUCAAUGUACAAUUAUGAGAAAAUGCCUCAAAAAGAAAAAGAUGAACAGAGAAAUAAUCUUAUACAAUACAUAAAGAACCCAAAACCAGAGGGUGUUUUGAUCACUGAUGAUGCUACAUAUGGAGGAAUGCAGGCCCGAAAUGUGAUCGUGUUUCACAGACGGGUAAGCGGGGCUAUCAGAAACAGCUUGCUAAGAGCUACAACAUCUCUUAUAUUCAUCACAUCAAGUGAAAGGGAAAUUCCUCCGGAAAUACGGAACAAUUAUGCUUAUGAAAACCUGUGUAAAAAAGAUCUACGGCCAAAUCUGAAGGAUCAACAAACACAUCUGGAAGAUCAAAAACCAAAUCUGGAUGAUCAACAACAAAAUCUGGAGGAUCAACAACCAAAUCUGGAAGAUCAACAACCAAAUCUGCAGGAUCAACAAACACAUCUGGAAGAUAUUCAAACAAAUCUGGAAGAUCAACAACCAAAUCUGCAGGAUCAACAAACACAUCUGGAAGAUAUUCAAACAAAUCUGGAAGAUCAACAACAAAAUCUGCAGGAUCAACAAAAACAUCUGGAGGAUCAACAACUACACCUGGAUGAUCAACAAACAACUCUGGAGGAUCCCCAACAACAUCAAGAAGAUCUACAAACAAAUCUGGAGGAUCAACAAACAACAAAUCUGGAAGAUAAACAAACAAAUAUGGAGGAUCAACAAACAACAAAUCUAGAAGUUCAACAAACAAAUAUGGAGGAUCAACAAACAACAAAUCUGGAAGAUUAACAAAGAACAAAUCUGAAGGAUCAACCAACAACAAAUCUUGAUGAUCAGCAAACAACACAUCUCUAAGAUAAACAAACAACAAAUCUGGAGGAUCAAAAAACAGAAAAUCUGGAAGAUCAACAACAAAAUCUCGAAGAUCAACAACCAACAAAUCUGGAAGAUCAACAACCAAAUCUGGAGUAUUAAAGCUUUUUUUCAUGUUAUCCUGCGUAAUUUGGAUUUUACUCCAGAAAUUACUCCAGUUUCUGAAUAAUUUUAAUAAUAAUGAUUUUUUGAUGAAUAUAAAAAAAAAUUUUAAACUUUUCCUGCUUUUCAGUUUUUAAGUGAAAAGUUUUCACAAGCAACGAUGACUUAAAACCCAUCCAAUUACUUUUUAAAUUUGUUUUGCAUUAGCGCAAUUGUAUGUAUAUUGUAACAUUGUGUUUUAAGAGAGUUAUUUUGAGCAAUACGGUUAAUGAAUUAUCAUCGAUGUAUGGAAAUAAAUAGAGAAAAAUAUUUAAACUGCAUAGACUUAUAGUUUCCACCACUUAUCUUCAGGGGUCCAUAUAAUUCCCAAGAUUGCUGAUUUUCUCGAUCCCAAUAUAAUUU